AUGAAGGACUUCCCGCCCACACUUGCAGUUCGUGCUGCAUCAUGUGCUCUUCGUCGUUGUGAUGACACGAUUCCCUCCCUCCUUGAUACACCUCCUGCAGAACAUCGAGAAGGGACCCCAGGAGUCGACGAAGAUGCUCGAUGCAGGCGUCUAGUGCCAGAUAACUGGAAUAGAGGCGUGGAAGAAAUCUGGAAGGUCGAGGGCUUCGGUCACUUCCUACUUCAAUCCCCCCUGUUCUCUCAUCUCCAAGAUGCAGCUUGUGACGCUAUCAUUAUCCCGCACAAGCAACCUCCGACUAGCAUUCAACUCCCUAUCAAUCUAGACAAACUCGUGCGAUUGGUGAACACACUCCGGCAGACAGUUGAAAAAGAGGCCGGUUCCCGAGGAACCCAACCAGGGCUGAUGAAAGUUUCGUGGGAGCUACGGGAUGAUGUGGUCUGCCUCGUUUGA